GACAAACAACCACUCUUCGAUCGUCCGGAAACGGAUUUCCCGUUUUUUAUUAAAUUUCCGUUCUAGUUUAAUGUCAUUCCGCCCAACGCUUCCUCUGUACAAGAAGUCGAGCACAUCAUGGCUAGCACGACAAUCCCGUGACCCUUUUGUCAAGGCCCGCAUGUCCUCGCCAUCAUCCUACCGUUCACGCUCUGCAUACAAGCUCAUCGAGCUUAAUGACAAGUGGGGGCGCUUUCUCUCACGUCCUAGCGUGCGCAGUGUCGUGGACCUUGGUGCAGCCCCAGGCGGAUGGAGCCAGGUCGUCGCGGAAAGAUUAGGGUGGACCAUGGACGCGGAAGACAAUGCAGAAGACUUUGGGUUACGUGAAGAGGCGAAGGUGCAGAAACGCGGUUCCUGGAGCGUCGAACCUAAGAAUAAGACUGCCGGGCGAGGGAAAAUUGUUGCACUGGACCUGCUGCCAAUUAUUCCAAUACCAGGUGUGCAGACGCUGCAGAUGGACUUUCUAGCUCCGGGUUCCGCGCGCGUCGUACGAGAUGCGCUGAAGAGUUCACAGAAUCCUGAGGGUACAUCGGAUAUUGUGCUAAGCGACAUGGCAGCGAAUUUUUCCGGAAGCAAAAUUCGGGACUCGCAAAUGAGUUUGGAUAUCUGUCAUGCAGUCUUCGAUUUUGCAAAGGAUGCAUUAACUGUUAGGCAAGUGGAUGAACGGGGGAAGGUAUAUGGGGGUGGGAUAUUACUGCUGAAGCAUUUCGCUCAUCCAUUACUGCAAGAGUUCAGAAAGGAAUGCCUAGAACCCAACUUCCACCUCGUACAUUAUAUCAAGCCGGAGUCAAGUCGCGCUGACUCUGCAGAGGGUUACUGGCUGUGUCGCGGUUGGCUUGGUAAGACCUAAUCGGUAUCUUGGGACAGGCAAACUCGCUUUCGACACUCAUGAUAUUGCACUCCAUUCUUCCAUCCCAAUUACUGUCAGGUACAUGGCACGUAUUUGUAUAGCAAUGCAUAAUGGACAACUACUGAAAAUCUGUCCAGCCUGUCGGACCGAAUGUCUAUCAUCAACUAACAUGCAGUCUCUCUGCAGUCCCAACCAAAGAAUUUACCAGCGGGGUCCGAAUUUUACCGCCAUAAUGGAAUCAAGGUGCGGAAAAGGUAUCAGCGACAAAUUUAAUUCAGCAGUAUACAUCAGAACAACUCUACAAUUAUAGUGCAGCCCGCACUCUGCCAGCAAGAAUAUGUUCUUUCAAGGGUUGUAUUCCAGAUCUACAGGCUAGAGUGAGCU